UUGGUCGCCGACCAGCCGUUUCAUUUCAAAUUUGUAGCCCGGUCCCGGAGUGCUUGUAGUGCUUGUCCCGUCGAUUUUCCGACGAAACCGCUGUGAUCCGAUUGUUCUGCAGCAUGACAGAGACGCAACAAAGGGCCAAGUGCAUUACCCUGAAAGGUUCCGCCGAGUUGGUCGCGCAAUAUCUGCUCUAUGGAGUCAAUAGUAUACUCUAUCAAAGAGGGAUAUAUCCGCCGGAGACAUUCCAGCCUUCCGAGCAUUUCGGUCUGUUCAUCUUCACGUCCACGGACGAGAAAAUCACGACCUUCUUGAACACCGUGCUGGGACAGAUCCAAGAGUGGCUCGUCCAGCGCAAGGUGCACAAGAUCACGCUCGUCAUAACGAACGUCAAUACGAAGGAGGUGCUGGAGAAGUGGGACUUCAAGGUCGAUUACGAGGAUCCGAAGGCGAACGGAGCAGACAGCAGCAUUAUCAAGGGCGAUCUGCCCGAAGUAGGGACGAAGGAUGAGAAAACUAUACAGAAGGAAAUACGCGAAGUGAUACGUCAGAUCACAGGCACGGUGAGCUUUUUGCCGCUCUUGGAUUGCCUGUGUUCCUUCGACAUACUUACGUACACAGUACCAGACUGUAACAUUCCCAACCAGUGGGACGAGACUCAGCCAGUUUUUAUUGCAAACAGUCAAGAGGUACAGCUUAGAUCAUUUUCAACCUCUUUACAUAAAAUGGAUACUGUAGUCAGUUACAAAAACACCUGAGCCUAUGUGUUUGCCUUUUUACUAAUGUAAUCAUUGUAAAUACAAACUCCAUUUUAUGUCAGCUGCAUACGUGUCAACCACCAUUACCAAAGACUGCUAUAUUAAUUGUUGCUCCAAUUACAAACUGGUGGUUGAAUCGCACAGCAAAAUAUUCUACAGUAUUUAUAAUAUUUUGAUUAAUAUAUAUAAUGCUCUUGCAACUAAUAUGUCAGUUAAUCUGAUAUAUUUUGUACGAAUACAUAUAUAUUUAUAUUUUUUUUAAACAAAAAUCAGAUCUUUUAAAUGCGAGUAGAGUAUCUAGAAGAUAGUGCAAGUAAAGAUUUAAAUAUUAGAUCUUUUGACAAUAUAAAUUAAAAUUUAAUUAGAUCCUCUCUUAAAAUUCACAUAAUUAUAAUUUUUUUUGUUUUCAUUUUUUUUAGUAUUUUAGAUUCUAGUUAUGAAUGUACUUUUAAAUCUACUUUUAUAUAAAAAAAGAAAGGUGUGUAGGAAUGAAAGAAAAAAUAUAAAGGAUAGAGAGGGAAAUACACAGAACGCUGACAAGAGAAUCUUGGCAGAUUUUAUUAAAACAUAAUUGACCGUUUACAUUUAAACACAAGAGUUACAUUUGCUUACUUGGCAAAGCAUGAGAGAUACGACUAGAAUAAAGUAUUUUCGCUUGCCGACGCUUCAUAGUAAUCAUCUAACGCUAGCGUCUUCCAGCGUAAAGCUUCUCUCACAUGAAAUCUCGAUGCCGAUACUAGUCUCAAUCAUUUCCUAACGAUUCCUCGCGUUAUGCUCCAUCUCUAAAGUAUCCUAAACGAAAUUACGUAUAAAUAAAAAAUAACUCGAAA